AUGAUUCAGCGCUGCCAGCUGAGCAGCGCCGCAAAUUGCUUUCUCAACUCUCACCGCGAAGAUGACGAUACUGGCUCCGUUUCGAUGAAACAUCCUACGGCUGCAUACUACGAUGGUCACAAUUGGAAAUCAGCUGCGUCUGUUGCGAGGGAGCUCGAGCAUCAAAGAUACGCCGUGUUCAAGGAAAUUCAGCGCAUGGAGACGCAGAUAAGAGACUCGGUUGAGAGAAUCCAUCUUGGUUAUCCAAAGGCAAGGAAGGUAGAACCUACACCCAAGAAGCAGGAGAUCGCACCACGAGGCUCUGCUAGAGCUGCCAAUGUCCGCGCACACUCGCAGACACCCUUCAUUUUGAAUCCCGGUCCAACCCGCUAUUCCGAGUGGCCUAGCCGCUUUGCAAAUUCUCACCUCUCCGAGCACACUGGCAGGUUGGGGAUACCAGUAUAUCAUGAACAUAGAGACGUGCAAUGGAGCGGGGAAUAUUUGAAAAUGAUGAGAGUAGGCGCCCACGAUAAUGGACGCAUUGAUCAACGAUAUUCCGUACAGAAUUACUAUGAGCAUGUUUUGGAUAACAUCCAGACGCUCGAUCGUUCUCGUGGAAAUGGGUUUGUUUUGAAUGAGAUGGCUUUAUAUUGGUCGCAAAAAUUACCAAGAACCAUGGCAGCAAUAAAUGAUGCAUUCCUCCUUGGAACAAAUGAUAAGAGGAUGAGGAAAGUCCAGAAUACAUCGUCCAACCUGAAAAAUAUUUAUAAACGUAAUCAGCUCAAGAGAAAACUAAUUUCUGGGGCCGAUAGAGGUGCGAAGAAAGCGCAGAGAAUGGCCAAUCUCCUCAGAGAACUUAAGAAGUCCCCGUUCCUCCGGGAACAGAUUGAGCAGUUCGAAUAUAUAAAGGAAAGAGGCGGGGACGGUUAUUUGGAAGUCAAGCAUCAUUUAAGUGCGGUGCCUGGAUACAUGUCUCAUGAGUUUAAAAAUGAGCGUCUGCCGGUUAACGGAUUGUGGAACGGGAUUGGACCUGGUAAUGGAGUCAAACGUGAGCGCACCGGUUCCGUAUGGUCUUCCCAUGACCCUUAUGGUGUGCGUAGCUCGUUGAGGAUGGUGAAUAAUGCUAGUAGUGACUUUCAAGAAGAGUACGUCACGAAGGCGACUUAUGGUCCACCAACUUCGAUACAUACAGUAGAUGACGCGGCCGAACCAAUGGAGGAAGAGUCGGAUCCAGACGAGGCAGAUUUGGACGAGUCAGAUGUAGAAGAUACAUAUUCAGACGAGACAUUUUCAUACGAGACAUCUUCAGACGAGGAUUUUUUCCCGAUGGAUUUAGAUAGGCCUGAAACAGAGGAGAGUGAAUCAAUGGAAUACUAA